AUGAAUUUGGGUGGUUGGGAUCAGAGAUUCAUCCAAGGACCAGCUUCUUCUGAAUCCGAGGAUUCUGCUUUAGAUUUGGACAGAAAUCAUCACUGUAAUCUUCCAUCAUCUUCAACUCCAUCUCCUUUUCAGCCAUUCACACUCAACAUCCAGCACGCAGAGAGCAAUGCCCCUUACUUCUCUUGGCCUACUCUCAGUCGGCUUAACGAUGCUGUGGAAGACCGAGCAAACUACUUUGGAAAUCUCCAGAAAGGGGUUUUACCGGAGAUUGUUGGGAGGUUACCUUCAGGACAACAAGCCACCACCUUGCUUGAGCUCAUGACCAUCAGAGCUUUCCAUAGUAAAAUCUUGCGCCGCUUUAGUCUUGGUACUGCAGUUGGGUUCCGGAUCAGCCGUGGUGUUCUAACGAAUAUUCCAGCAAUACUUGUCUUUGUUGCUAGGAAAGUCCAUAGGCAAUGGUUAAAUCCAAUGCAGUGUCUUCCUUCCGCUCUCGAGGGUCCUGGAGGGGUAUGGUGCGAUGUAGAUGUUGUGGAAUUCCAAUAUUACGGUGCUCCUGCUGCGACGCCAAAGGAACAAGUUUAUAAUGAACUUGUAGAUGGCUUGAGAGGAAGUGAUCCCUCCAUUGGCUCUGGUUCUCAGGUUGCAAGCCAAGAAACGUAUGGAACCUUGGGAGCUAUUGUGAAAAGCAGAACAGGUAACCAUCAGGUUGGUUUCCUUACUAAUCGGCAUGUCGCAGUUGAUUUAGAUUAUCCAAGCCAGAAAAUGUUUCAUCCUUUACCGCCAAGCCUUGGACCGGGUGUCUACCUCGGUGCAGUUGAGAGAGCAACAUCAUUUAUCACAGAUGACCAGUGGUACGGCAUAUUUGCUGGCACUAAUCCAGAAACAUUUGUGAGAGCAGACGGUGCCUUUAUUCCUUUCGCAGAAAAUUUCAACACGAGCAAUGUAACCACGGUGAUAAAAGGCAUAGGUGAGAUAGGAGAUGUGCACGUUAUAGACUUGCAGUCCCCAAUUGAUAGCCUUAUUGGGAAACAAGUUGCUAAAGUUGGAAGAAGCUCUGGAUAUACUACUGGAACCAUAAUGGCUUACGCUUUGGAAUACAACGACGAGAAAGGAAUCUGUUUCCUCACGGAUUUUCUGGUAAUUGGUGAAAAUCAGCAAACUUUUGACCUUGAAGGUGACAGCGGAAGCCUUAUACUGUUAACACGUGCAAACGGUCAGAAGCCACGACCUGUUGGGAUCAUUUGGGGAGGAACAGCCAACCGAGGAAGACUGAAACUAAUAGCUGGACAAGAACCCGAGAACUGGACAAGUGGGGUCGAUCUUGGUCGCCUUUUGGAUCUCUUGGAGCUUGAUCUCAUCACAUCUAACCAUGAGCUUGAAGCCGCAGCCCGAGAACAGAGGAACAGUUCGGUUACAGCCCUCGACUCAACCGUUAGCCAGUCAUCCCCGCCCGACCCGGUUCCAUCAGGAGACAAACAAGAUGAGAGAUUUGAGCCAUUUAUUCCACCGGAGUUUCAUAUAGAAGACACUAUCAAACCAACACCUGAAGUAGAGGAACUUGUGUUCAUUGCUCCUAUAUCAUCGGUCAAUGAAUCAACUUCUUCCGCUAGUAAAGGGCAAGCGAAACACAAAUUGGAUGAUCUUGCCUCUCUAAAGAACAGUUCCGAAGAAGAGGUUAAUGUAUCGUUGCAUCUAGGUGAGCCCAAACAAAAGAAACCACGAGCCUAG